AUGCUGUGCACCGUCAAAGCCCCCAUUGCCGCCUACCUCACUUUCGACGACGUUGUCUGCAUCGCCAAGGAGCAAAAGGACGCUGUUGCGCUUGGCCUCUCCCUCCUACCAACCACCGCAACACCGACACCGUCGAGGUCCUUGUCGACACAUCCGAUGGCCGUGUGGUGCAGUCAUGACUUCAUGGGGGUGAACCCGCGCAUUCAAGCCGAGCACAUCGUCGCGGAGAUGGUGACUACUGGCGUUGACCUUGUGCAAUCGCAGCUGAAGUUUGGUGGCGGCGCGACGCUCAUCCAGGUGCGCAUCACCACGAAGGACCCGCUCAACGACUUUGCCCCCGAUACAGGUGCACAUGCGCUUGCGUGCUACGAGCCAUUUACCCAGCAGCCGUCAGUGAGCCGCGAGCCGGAGCCAUACACAACAGCAGCACAACCACCGGCACAUGGCGACGAGGGAGAGGUUGAUGAGGCGUCGCUUGGGCCGUUUGACGUGCUUGUGCACCACACGGGCAUGCUUGAGCUGGUGCGCGCGCUCCUUGGGAAGCAGCAGGGCGUCAUCAGCAUCACACCACUGGACGAGCAUCAGGGGCAGGUUGCCCGCGUCAGCUGUGCGACGCGUGACGUUGGCGAGCGCAUCCUGAGGGAGAUGACGAACUUCCCGAUUGGGCAGGUGCAGCUGACGGCCCGCCGCGACUCGGACUGCCCCGCCUGGACGGCGGACGAGCUGUGGUCCGUGUGGGUUGAGCCCGUGCCCGAAGGUCUCGAGGAGGUGCUGCCCUCGCUCGCCAAGGCAAACGGCGGCUUUCACUCGCACACGCACAAGCCGGACAGUCACCGCGUCAGGGGCACAUUCAGGCUUGUGUCGCGGGAGAGUGCGGAGCUGAUGGUCUGCCUGCAGCCAGGCAGCGUGACGGCAAAAGGCCUGCCUGUCGCCAUGCCCUGGCCAACCGACACGUACCGCAGCGUGCAGGCGACGCUGGAGCACGCCGGCGUCAACGUCCAGUCGCUGCAGGUCUUCCCGGACCUGCGCUGUGCAAGCGUUGACGUGGUCGCCGACAGCGAGGAGGCGUUCCGGAGCCUGCUGCCACUGCCCAUUGACACGGCAGCGAGCGCCUGUCGUCUGGAGGCGCGCCAGGCACCGCUGCACCGCAUUGUCGUCACGUGCACCUUGCACAGCAAGCCCACCACUGGCCGCGACAUUGUGCAGGCGUCUGAGACGAACUCUGGCGGCACGGCGAAGCUUGUGCCCAUCCCACACCGUUUGCCAACACGCGCAUGGCUGAACAACUACAAGAACAAAGGAGAACAACAGCAGGAUGGUGGAGGUGGCAGUGAGGCACACAAUGUUGCUGUCAAGCCCACGGCUGUGCACGACCCUCAUCAGUACAAGAAAGAAGACGAUGCUGACAGCGACGACAGCAAAAGCGGCGGCGCGUCCUCUGAGACCACGCUGCAGCGCGUGUUUGUGCUGGAGAUGACAGACACGCGUGCGGCGCAUGCGUACGUGCGCAAGAUACAAUUUGCCACCUCUGUCUCGCACACGUUUUUGGCGCGGCUGUGCCACCCGAACGACGUGCACGUGGCGGUGCUCGACCCCAAGCUGGGCGGUCUCCUGUCGGACCUCGUCGACGCAUUCAACAAGAGCAGCGUGGCCAAGGACCUUGAUGUGCUGGCGGCUGCAACCACGGGCAACCGCAUCUGCUUCACAGGCAGCACUGCCGUGCUGGUGUGGUCGCAGGCCAAGCUGCUUGCAAGCUUCCUCGCGCCCGCCUUCCACCCGUUUGCCCGCAGCGACCGCGUGCUGGGCGACGACAAGAUCAUGGAGCACGUCCUGAACGACUACGGCCUCAAGCUGGUGCGCUACCCGACGCUUGACCUGCUGCCCCACGCCGACACGGCACACGGGGCCAUGCGGGAUCACCCCGCCCAUCGCAUCGCCCGUGGCACCCCAGCAGGCGCUGAUACACACGUGCGACCUGGACGGCGCCGCGUCAUGCUGCUGGAGUACUCGCUGUACUACUACCUGGAUCAGGACAGGGAGCGCGGGCUCAGCUACAUCAACAGCACCGUCGGCGCCAACAUCAAGUCGCAGAUGAAGAUCAGCGUCACGGGCAUGCAAUACCGCUUCCUACAUUCGCAGCUGCUGGGGCUGGCCCGCAGGUUCCGCGUGUAUGUGCGCAAGCCCAGCGCAGAGGACAGGGACGCCGUGCCCGUGACCGUGGAGGGCAUGCAACGGCAGCUGACGGCGUUUGACAACGCGGUGCAGGACACGCUCAAGGACUACCUGUGCCACAUGCUCGGCCUGCCGGUCAUUGACACGUCGCACGUACUGGAGAUGUCCGAGGCGGACGUCACCUUCCUGAAGCGCAAGCUGUUCAACUACCUGACCAAGGCCAGUCGCACGCUGUGCCGCAGCAAGGACGGCGUGGUGAGCUACGUUGCGCCACAGGACGUGAUUGGCACGUCCUCUAAGCGCAACGUGUGGAUGGUGGCUGGCCGCCGCGAUGUGAUGCAGACAGUCAUCCCAACGACGGAGUCGACGUUCCGCACCAUCGCCCACAUUCAGCCCACGUGGUACGGGUGCCAGGUGCCCAUGUCCGUGGCCAAGGAGCUGGUUGCUGGACAGCAAGCUGAAGCGGCUGCGCAAGAAGGCGUUGGUGCUGAUGCCGGUUAUACCGCAUACGCGGGCGCUGCUUCGGCAAAUUCUGCUGGGACUGCUGUUGCUAUUUCCACUGCUUCUUCUGCUGCUGGCGGCGAUGGGGUUGGCUUGAGUGAGCAGGCAGCGCACCCAGGAGUCGGAUCACAACAGCGAGCACAGGGCACGUACGAUUCUGGCAGGGGUGACAGCCUGUCGACUUCAGUGCCCACGCAGUGCCUUGAAGGACUGCGCAAGGAGAUGGCGGCGGCGUCGGUGGUGCUGCUGCUGACCACGUACGAGAGGCUGUUCCCGGCCAAGGUGAAGCAGGCCGUGUGGGAGGUGGAGCCAUACCAGUACCACGCCAUCAGCGAGACGCUGCCCGCGGCGCGCGUGCCCACGUCCGGUGCGCUGGCCCUCUCGUCCAACAUUGAGCACGUGCUGCAUAUGGUUGCGCCAAACUUUGCACCCGAGUUUGGCAACACGGUGACGCAGACGGCUGCGGACCUGACGACGGCGUACCGCGCGCUGCUGAGGUUGGCGCGGGACAACAACAUUCGCUCGCUUGCCACGUGGACCGCGACGGCACAUUCUUUCUUCGACACCAUCCGCGUGACCAUCAUCACCAAGGACGUGAGCACGCUGUCGGCGUUUAAGCAGACGUUUGAGAAGUACUAUGGCGAGAAGGUGGGCACUGAUCCCAUCCACACGUGGCUGUACACGGACCCAACGUACACGGAGCCGCCCUCCAAGGCGGAGCUGCACAACAAGGCGGCGUGGAACGGGUUUACACACGACGACACUCUGCUGAUUGAGAACGGCUUCAACAAGCACCGGGCUGCCAUCGCUGCUGAGCGCAAGCGCAGCAAUGAUGAUGAUGAUGACGAUGAUGAUGAUGAUGAUGAUGAUGAUGAUGAUGAUGAUGUUGGUGGUGGUGGUGGUGAUGGCCAGAGCGGCAGCGUCGGCAAGCGCAGUGAUGGCGGCGUUGCUGUGGAGCAUGUGCGCGAGAUGCUCAAGUUGAUGAUGACCAAGCCGUGCGGGCGCUUCCCCGACAAGUUCCUGCACAAGGAGCACUACAAGAUGAGUGAAGAGGAGGCCGCCUGCUUGGACGAGCGCAACAUGCGCCGGACGGUUGAACCAGAUGUUAUGUGGCGGUGGCUGGAGUACAAGAACCGCAAGGCGUGGAAGUCGGCGCGCUUCUUCAAGAUCAAACUGGUUGACCGCUACUUCACGGUGGACUUCCAGGACCACUGGGUAUUGAGCGCGUGCGGCGGGUGGUUGGACGAGCAGCGGUCGAAGCUGAAGCCACAGGCCAUCUUUGAGAUUCCUGACCGCUGGGACAUGCGCAAGGGCCAGCUGCUUGUCGACGUAACCAACGAGGAUGAGCUGGGCCGCGUGCGCGCCCUGUUGGAGCCGCUUCGCCCCCGAAACCUGCGCGUGCACCGUGUGCAGAACGUGCCACUGUUCAAGCGGUACUUGGAGAGCGUGCAGCGCGUGUACUGGCGGCCCGCGCCACCAAACCUGUCCAACGACAUUGCGCCGCUCUCUGGCGACGACAACGACGACUACAACGUAUUUGCGCACCGCCUGCUGCACGUUAUCUGCAAGAGCGAGCUUGGCCUGACCAUCAACUACGCCAGCGCGGAAGGCUACUUUGGCUCGGGCCUGUAUUUCAGCCGCGACCCGUCGUUUGCUGUCAAGUAUGGCCACCACGAGGGCAGCACAACAGACAAAAACGACACCACCAGCGAGCGGUGCGUGUAUGUCGAUGUGUCGACGCCCCAGUUGAAUGACGUUGCUGCUGGCGUUGCUGAUCAUGGUGUCACUCCAACUGCUGUUUCUGCUGCUGCUCGCCAUGGUGACGAAGGAGAAGGAAUUGGCCGAGUUGCCGCUGGUGAAGGGACCUCGGGUGGUGCUGAAGGUCCUGGUGGACGCACGACUGCUUUUGCUGCUGCUGGGAGCGUGCUAUACGAUUCCGUUCGCGGUUUCGACGGCGAUACGGACAUGUUUGUCAUCUAUGACAACGGCAUGUGCUUCCCGGAGUACACCAUCUCCUUUGCCGAUGAUGCUGUUGAUGUUGAGGAGGAAGUGGAUGAUGAAGAGGAGGAAGAGGAAGAAGAAGAUGACGCGCCAGUCGUCUGGGAGCGUGAGAGUGAUGGCGACCGUGGAGAUGAUGCUACUGCGGACGUGGAAGAUGCUGGAGCGAGGGGCAUGCGACUCACGGCUGGGGAUGAGGAUGGUGAUGGUCCACCACGUGAUGGUGGUGAUGGUCCACUACUUGAUGGUGGUGCUGGUCACGGUGGCGAUCAAUCACAACGACCCCUGCCACCCCAAAAUGAUGUUUCUGGUGAUGAUGGUGCUGUCGCUGAGAACAACGGCUACGGGGCGUACGGAAUCAGAGGCAGCCCCCACCCCAACAACAGCCCCAACAUUAACAACAACAACCACAACAUUCUUGGCAAUGCCAGCAAACGUAUUUGUCUCAGCCUUGGCUAUCGUCAGCUAACCAAGCUCGCGUUUGGACUUGCGUGCGGGAUUGCGCACGUUUGUUGAUUUGCGUGUGUGUGUGUGUGUGCGUGCGUGUGUGUGUGUAUUUGUUCCUUGGACCAUCUUUCCUUUUCUUCUUUGUCGUGUCUUAUGUGAGGGA